UAGGGAUGGAAGCCAAAGAAACAAAAGAAACAGAGGACCUGCUCAAAGGACAGUCAGUGAUAUGGAAGUACAUGCUCUGUUUUGCCGAUUCAAUGGCCUUAAAAUGCGCCGUCGAACUUCACUUGCCCGAUAUCAUCAACUCCCAUGGCUCUCCCAUUUCUCUCUCUCAAAUUGCUUCCUCCAUUGCCGCUUCUAAUCCCUCUUCCUCCCCGCAAAUCUCCUAUCUCACUCGCAUCAUGAGACUCUUAGUCCGUCGAAAUAUCUUCACCGCUCAUCACCCAUCCAACGGCGGAGAAACCCUCUACGGUCUCACCCACUCCUCCAAAUGGCUCCUCCGGGACUCCCCUCUCAGCCUUGCCCCUAUGGUCUUCUCGGAGCUUCACCAAUGGAUGGUCAAUCCAUGGCUCUGUUUCACCCAAGCCGUUAAAGAAGGCGGCAGCCCCUUCCAAAUUGCCAACGGCCUUGACAUUUGGGACUUCGCUUCCAAAAACCCCCAAUUCAACCAUUUUUUCAACGACGCCAUGGCUUCUACUUCCAAAGUCGUCAUGAACGCCAUCCUCUCUGUUUACAAAGAUGGGUUCAACUCUGUUCAAUCACUCGCUGAUGUCGGUGGUGGAAUCGGCGGCUCCGUCUCGGAGAUCGUCAAAGCCUUCCCCCACGUCAAAGGCAUCAAUUACGAUCUCCCUCACGUGAUCAGCACGGCGCCGCUCUAUCAUGGAGUGACCCACAUCGGAGGGGACAUGUUCGAUUACAUUCCCAAAGCGGACGCCAUUUUUAUGAAGUGGAUACUGCACGAUUGGAACGACAAAGAGUGCGUGAAAAUUCUGGAGAAUUGCAAGAAAGCGAUUCCGGAGAAAACAGGGAAAGUGAUUAUCGUGGAAGUGGUGUUAAACGAAGAUGGGGAAGGGACAUUUGAUGACACCAGAUUCUACUUCGAUCUGCUAAUGUUGGCGCAUACAAAUGGAAAAGAGAGAACAGAGAAGGAGUGGAAGACAAUACUGGAAGAAGCUGGUUUCCCUCGCUACAGAGUCAUUCCUCUUCCUGCUUUAACUUCCAUUAUUGAAGCUUAUCCAUUGUGAAUUUGAGUAUGUUCCAUUUAUCCCAUCAAUAAGUUCAUUUCACAAGCUUUGUAGCUUCAUUCUUGGUGUUUUAGAAUUUGGGUCCUCUUUUAAAUAUUUAUAUGAUUUGAUCAGUGUAUUUCCCAUUUGCCCAUCAAUAAGUUCCCCUCGUAAACUUUGGAGUUGUAAAUGGAUGAUAAAUUAAAUGUUUAA